UAGAUGGAGGGGCAUUAGGGGUUUAAUAUUAGUAAUGAGGAGUAGAUGGAGAAAGGAAAAAUGGGAGGCAGGCCCCCAGAAAUAAGGAAGGACUGGGUGACAAACCGGUGGGUGAUAUUCUCACCGGCCAGAGCCAAGCGACCUUCGGACUUCAAAUCCAAAUCACCGGCGACGCCAACCCAACAACAACAAUAUCAACAGUCUUGUCCCUUUUGUCUCGGCAACGAGCACGACUGCGCUCCCGAAAUCUUCCGGGUUCCGCCCGACGACCCCAAAUGGAAACUCCGAGUGAUCCAGAACAUGUACCCGGCGCUGAGCCGUGCUGCGGAUGUCCCCGUCAUCACUGUCCCUGUCCCUGCCCAGGAGGAAUCCUCCUCCUUGGGUCAGGUCAUGACUGGGUUCGGGUUCCACGACGUGGUGAUUGAGACCCCGCUUCACUCUCUUCACCUCUCCGAUCUUUCCCCAACUCAGAUCGCCCAUGUUCUUCUGGCCUAUACCACCAGGAUCCACCACUUGAUCGCUAAUCAUUCCAUCAAAUACGUCCAGGUGUUCAAAAACCAUGGUGCUUCAGCUGGGGCAUCAAUGAGUCACUCUCACAGUCAGAUGAUGGCUCUGCCUAUUGUUCCUCCUGCUGUUGCUGCUCGACUUGACUCUAUGAAGGACUAUUUUAAUCGGACUGGCAAAUGUAGUGUCUGUGAAUUCAACUCGAACGAUCUUUUGAUCCAUGCAUCACCCCAUUUUAUUUCAAUUGUACCUUAUGCUGCUACAUUUCCCUUCGAGAUAUGGAUCAUUCCUCUCACUCACUCUCCUCAUUUCCAUGAACUUGAUGCUGACAAGGCAGUUGACCUUGGGGGGAUCCUGAAACUCAUGCUUCGGAAGAUGGCUUUACAGUUGAAUAAUCCACCAUUUAAUUUCGUGAUUCAGACUUCUCCUCUUCAGGACGGUGCUUCAGAGUUACCUCACUCCCAUUGGUUCUUGCAAAUAAUACCCCAGUUAAGUGUUGCAGCUGGUUUUGAAAUUGGAACUGGCUGCUACAUAAAUCCAGUCUUCCCAGAGGAUGCAGCAAAAGUUUUGAGGGAAGUAAAUGUUUUACCUUUGGAAGGAGAUGAUUAAAAUAAUACGGUAGCAUAGUAAGUACGUCUUAAAAAAUUAAAAAGUAGAAAUAAAAAUUGUGAAAAUAUUCCUACUUUGUGCGUGAAACACCAUUAUCUCACCACUCCACAUACAUGAGUACCUGUUGUGUCCAUUGAUGUGGAUGGAUGUAAUCUCUAUAUCUAUUUCAUUUUUUCAUCUCAACUCCUUCCAUCACUUGCUUUCAUCUUGCCUAUCUUUUGCAUCUGCUUUACCCCACCAUCUGUUUACAUCCCUUCGGCUGCGAAUCUAUAACAAAGUUAUUAAGCAUGUGUUGAAACCAUAGUGUGGUUCAAAGAGCUCUACUCAUCUCCAAUUUUUAAGGAGAAGAUUAGAAGUUUUAUUACAAAUAAAAUUUGGGAGCUGUUAGCCUUU